AUGGCUCCUCGUGGUUUUAGCAAUCCAGCACCCAAGACCGAAUCUGCGCGAUCUGCCUUGAGCUCCUUCACAUGUACUCUUUGCAACAAGUCCUAUUCACGCCAUCCGGAAUACGAAGCACACAUCUCGUCCUAUGACCAUCAGCACCGCAAGCGCCUGCAGGAUCUCAAGCAACUAUCGCGAGACCCCAAUGCAGCAGAAAAGGCCCGGAGAGCGGAGAAAAAGGCAGAUGCGGAAGCUGGAUUAAGGGUUAUCAACACCAACCAAGCCACCAGUACAACCACCGGGGGCACAACCGGCGGUGGUGGGUUCAAGAAGGGAGGGUUCAAAAGCUCUUUCAGCACCGUGAAGGCGCCACCCGCUCCUGCAAUAAAGAAGAACGUCCUCGGGGACGACGAUGAGGAUGAGGAGCCGGUUGCGGCAAAACCAGCCGAUGGACAGGCCCCGGCUCAACGGGCAAAAGAAACGAUAGCUCAGAACGACCAGACGGAAAGUGAUAUAGAUGAUGAGUAUUCGAAUGAUCGAUCAGGUGGAGGGUACUAUAACCCGCGCAAACCAACUGAUUGUUUCUCGGGAUGUGCAGGAGCUCACUCUGCCAUGUUGUGA